AUGAAACGCGCUGCACAAUUUGCUGAAGCAGUCAUUCAUAAUAAAGUCUUGGUAUUUUCCAAGGACUGGGGUAUUCAAGAAAUAUUAAAAAAAUCCGUAAGAAUGCAGGCAGAAGGGUUCACAUUUGGAUUUUAUGAUGAGCCAAAGCCUCAGCAACAGCAGGAAACACAAAACAAAGAUCCUGCACCUGUCCCUAUUGAAUCUGUUUCACUUGGGCGUAUACUAAAAUACAUUCCGUCGAAGCUAUCCUAUGCGCGUGUGCAUGGGCUACCCAAUAAGGUAGUUCAAAGAGAACUAUGGGACGUGAAGAUACAAUUGAUGGAGAGCGACUCGUUAGAGUCCACACCUUCGGAAUUAAAAUUGCUGGAUAGUGCAAACGAUUUGGUGCCCAAGGUAUAUGAAGGAGGCUUCAAAACAUGGGAAUGCAGUAUUGAUUUGUGCCACGAAAUAAAAAAGAUCAAUAUUUUGGAUCGGAACUUGAGUAGGAUUUUGGAACUUGGUUGUGGAAGCGCCUUGCCCAUCUUGAGUUGCUUUCAAGAGCUCUACCAAAGACGCGAGCCAAGCACUUUGGUUUUCCAAGAUUAUAACAUCGACGUUUUACGAUAUAUAACACUUCCCAACUUGUUGCUGAAUUGGUACUUCAAUACGCAGGAGCAUGAUUCAUCUCAAGAACACGGCACGAUAAACGUGACCGAAAACUUGCUCCAAGAAUUCAGCGAUGAUUUUGCUCGUAACAGUAUAACUUGCGAAUUUUUAUCAGGACCUUGGGGUUCAGAAAUGCAGAAUAUGAUCCAGCAGUCGUAUGGUAGUCACUACUUUUCUCUGAUCCUGGCUUCCGAAACGAUUUACUCAAUUCCUUCUUUAGAACCAUUUAUAUACAUGCUGUUGGAAAACACUAGGAAUAUCGCCUUAAUCGCAGGCAAAGAUUUGUAUUUUGGCGUUGGAGGCAGUAUUUUGGAGUUUUAUCUUCGAUUACAAAAAGUUGUUUCUUCGGAAGACUCUUUAAGAACUGUAAAAUCAUCCUUCAGCAACGUUGGAAGAUCUUUGGUUUAUUGGGAGCGUUCAUUCAUAGCUGAAUCUUCUACGGAGUCGUCUUCAGUGAAAAAAUGA